AUGAACUCGCUCCCAGGAGGCCCGGAAGAGAUCACGAAAUCCGACUACAAGAGGGAGCCCAACCGACCUGGCAAAAGGAUCCGGAGCAGCAAGUCACCAUAUGCAGCCCCAGUAUUACUUGCAAAGAAGCCCGGAGGAGGUCUAAGAUUCUACGUAGAUUACAGGGCCUUAAACGCAUUGACGAUUAAGAACCGGUACCCGAUACCACUCAUCAACGAAACAAUAGACAAAUUAAACAAGUCCAAGUUCUUCUCUACGCUCGACGUAGUCGCCGCGUUCAACCGUAUCAGAAUCAAGGAAGGAGAUAAGGAGAAGACUACCUUCAACACCAGGUAUAGCCAGUUCGAAUACACGGUAAUGCCAUUCGGACUAUACAACGCACCAGGAACCUUUCAAAGCUAUAUCAACGACGCUCUAAGAGAAUACCUAGACGACUUCUACACCGCCUACCUGGAUAAUAUCUUGAAUUUCGGUGGGCAGACCAGACAGGAACAUGCCGAAUACCUAAAGAAGAUCAUAACCCGGAUAAAAGAAUACGGUCUACAGCUAGACAUCGACAAGUGUUCGUUCUUCGCCAAAGAAGUCAAAUACCUUAAUCUCAUUAUCACCACCAAGGGUGUGCACCACCGAAACCUUAAGCACUUUAUAACGACUAAGAAGCUCAACAAACGGCAGGUCAAAUGGGCGGAAUUCCUUUCGGAGUUCAACUUCAAGAUAUCCUACCGCCCAGGAAAGCAGGGAGAGAAACCGGACAGCCUCACGAGACGGAGGCAAGACCUUCCAGAGGGGGUAGAAGACGCUCGCACCCAGCACCAGUUUCAAACUCUACUCAAAGACAACCAACUAGAACCAGAAAUACGGAGAGCAAUCACCCUCGCCGCGAUCAUCCUCGAAGAAGAUAAACCAACGAUCAUCUCCGAAGAAGACGAGUCAGGCGCAUUAUCCGACUCUAAAGAGGGAGAAGUGGUAGCCGACAAUCUCUCGUGCAUCGACACAAGAUCAAUUACCGAUGCAAGGCCCACCGAAGCAAACACCGAUACAAGAUCCAUCGAGGAAAGGAUCGACAAAGCAUAUACACAGGACCCAGUUAUUCAGAAAGUUAUGCAAGCAAAGCGCACAGGGCAGCUCCGUCUACCCACAAAGAUCCUAGCGAAGGGUUUCAAGUUAUCCCUAUCGGACCUAGAGGUCAAGGACAACAAGCUGUACGCUUUCGGAAAACUAUAUAUUCCAGCGGACCCGCUCCUAAGGACCAGCAUCAUCAAGAUCCACCACGACCCUGCUAACGCAGGACACGGGGGAGCGAAACCGACGUAUACGCUAAUCGCCCGGACCUACUUUUAG